UUCAAAUUCUCGAUUGUACGCUGAAUUAAUGGUGUUGAGCUAAAAAUGGGGAAUAAAGAGGAGGAUGAAGAAUCUCCUUUCAAAAGCAGUACUUUCAAUGUCUUGGAUGCUCUUUUUGUUCUCAUUUCAAUGGGACUUCUCGUUGCUGAUCUUGUGACUGACCUAAUUGUGACAUGUAAGUACUUUGUUGGAGGAGAUGUGGUAUGGGGCGCCCUCACCCUAGGUUUUGUUGUCAUUCCGUCGAUCAUCCUGCAAGUGUUUAGCAUCAGAUGGUAUCUGGUGGACGAUGACAUGUCCAGCUUGAAGUGGAUCACACACAUCUUUCAAUUUGGACCCUUGCACAGGUACGUGAUACUGUUUUCUACUGGCAUCGAAGCUCGGCAAACGGGGGAUCCCCUGGACUUUGAGCGUCUCUUCUACCAGCAGAGUGAUGUGUGUAUGUUGAGGCUCUUUGAAUCCUUCAUGGAGUCCGCUCCUCAAGUCGUUCUGCAGCUCUACAUCAUGGUGGCAACCCAGGAUGAAAACUUUUGGACGGGCACAUCAGCUGCGGUUUCUCUCUUCUCCCUGUGCUGGGCUCUUGGAGCGUAUAGCCGAGCUCAUCGUAAGGUCCGCCGAGACAAGAAGAUUGUAUCUUGGCCAGGCCUUGUCCUUCAGACCAUUUGGAGAAUUGGGAUGAUUUCGUCUAGGGUCAUGGCACUUGUUCUCUUUGCUUCCGUCUUCAAAGCUUUCAUCUUUCUAGCUGUCGGUAUUCAUUGGAUAGGCAUGUUAGUUUGGGUCCAUCUUCAGAAGACGGACUUCUGCACCAAUGCCCUGGAGGAACGUCUCUUCAACUGUGUCGUUGCUACCAUCUAUGUCUUCUGCUUCUUCAAUCUCAAGGAGGGCAAGUCUCGGAAGAGAGUCCUGGUGUUCUAUUUCACAAUGUUUGUUGAGAACACGGUGUUACUUCUGGUGUGGUUCAAUUUCCGUACCGUUGGAGAGUGGUACAAUGUGGCUGGAUUCACCAUUGUGUUUGGCGGCUAUGGUAUUGGUGUUGUCAGCAUGGUUCUUUAUUACCGAUACCUCCAUCCUCGAAACGACUUCACUCUCUGUGGGCCAAAACCAGAGAAAGAGCCUUCUGGAUCUGUCAACACUACACCAUCCACAUCACCCUCAUCCAGCCAUGCAGUCCUCUUCUCCCCAGAACUAUAUUGUCAUGGCCACUCAACAUCUCCAACACGACACAGCGAUGUGAAUCAUAAUGAUGAUGCCAAUAGCCCACUCGCUCUACCUUUGUCACAAACUAGCAUAAACAUUAACAAGGAGGAUGGCCCACCCCAGAGAUCAAGACAGGUCGAAGGUCAAGACUUUGUGAUGGGGAAUGGUGAUUUCAGAAAAAGUAAAAGCGAGAGCUGCAUGUGCUACAGUGAGGAAAAGUCUGUGACAGUGCACCUUGAUAAGAGUAAUGCAAGGAAUGCUUCCGUCUUGAUGAAUGCUUCUCAGUUGCCAUCUUUCAGGUGUGAUGUGUCAGGGUUCGAAGUGGACCUCGUCCAACAAUAUGACGACUGGAGGGAUCACUCCCGCCUUACAAAUCAUUCACUGGUAAGUGCUGGAACAAAAUCAGGGAACAUGUCACAAUCGCUCGGCAGUGUUCUUGAUAAGAACCAUCUCUCAAAUGGACCAUCAUCAGACACAUCAAGAAUGCACGUUGACCCGAUUCCCUUCUCGCCGGACCUCCAGCAGAUGCCAGAGAUCACCGACUCGCCCAACAAGAUCAUGACUGCGUAUGAAGCCCAGCAGAUCUAUGAUAGCAUUCUGGGGAUUCGUCGCCAUGACCACCCUGGUAGGAACUCUAAGCGGAAACUCAAGUUUGAUGAUUCUGGUAAGAUGCCCGGAAAGACCCAAUCAAAGACAAGUGAUGCAGUUUUACAUGGUAAACCAGUUCAGAAUGUUAUUGAUAGCAGUGCCUAUUGUAAUACAGGACCGCAAAGGGUUACUGUGACAAGUAAGUAUGUAAAAGAUGGCUUAAGUGUGGAAGAUGCUUGUAGAUCAAGAACCGUGAUUGAAUCACAUGCUUUACCAAGUAUUAACACCAAAGAUAGGCAUAUGAGUAGGGAACGGAAUCUCAAGAUAAGGUCACAUCACUCACAAAGUGACAUGGUGGAAACUGAAGGCAAACCGAUUCAUGCUAGUGAUGAUGUAAAAAAUGAUAGUGAAACUUUAAAUUUCCAACAUCUCAAAACCGAUAUGCCUCGGGAUUUUGAAAGUACAAAACCACUUCAGGACUCUAAAGACAAUCAGGUCAUAAACAAAGAGUGCUUUCAAAACCAAAACAAGCCAUCAAUUCCAAUUGUGGAUGAAAACAGUGCUAUUGAUCUCAAGGCAGAUAAUCACAUUGUUUCCACAGGGUUGCGUGCAGCACUUGAAAAGGAUCUUCUUAAAGAGAAAGUAGGUACAAGGAUUGAUUACAUGACAUAUAAGUGUGAUAUGCUUGAUGAAGGCUCUGAUAAGACCAUGCCUGUAUUAGGAUGUAAAAUGACUUCCCUCAUUGUCCAUGAUGAAAUGCCUUUUGGGAAUCAUGACAAAGGAAUAGCAGUAGAUCCAACUGAGUCUGAAUGCUUUGUGCAUGACAAAACGUCACAAGAUUUACAAUGCACUACAAGCACUUCUCUUUUGACAAGUAAUAACAAAACAAAGGAGGAUCACAAUAUCAAUGGCAAACAUACAAGUAGCUUGGAUUGCAAAAAUACUGACAAGCUUGGUUUAGGGAAAGAAAACAAGAUGUUUCAGAAGGGGUAUAACAGAGAUCUAUGUGAAACUGACAUUCCUAAAGAGCAGUGCACCAGGGUCAUAAGUAGUUGUAGAUCAUCCAGUUCCCUCUCUAAAGCGGACAAUGUUGGUACGUCCUGUCCGUCAUUGAGUGGGAAAGACAGUCCUUUGGUAACGGGAAAAGGGGGCCGUGGUGGUUUCGGGAAUGGGUUUCAAGGUCGAAGUCCUGCUGGAAAGACCAAUCUUAAGAGAGUUCGCAGCCUGAAAGGGAGUGUCCCACCGGAUGCUGGGCCUGAGGGUUCUAGUCUGACAAAGGGUGAUUCAAUUAAGGAUUGCUCUGAUAAAGAACAUGGGAACAGACAGGAGAAGACGCCAAUAGCUAACCUGAAAGGCAAACUUAAAAGAGCUCUGAGUAUUAAGUCCAGGGGACUGUCCGAAAACAAGACAGAGUCCUCUCCAUCAAUUUCAAGGCACUUGGAUCUUGAGCCCCACCCAAGUGACAACCACAAUACGGAGAAAGCCGUAGAUACUGUAGAAAUAGAAAACCCCAAGUUUGGUAUUGACAAGGCAUUAGGGCAUGUAGGAGAAAGGGCUGAAGUUGAAAAGCCUGUACUGGUAGACAAACAGCAAAACAAAAAGGGUGUAAUAUUACAUCCAAAGACUUUCAAUGGCUUCUCACAAGACAUUGCAAACCAUUCACCAAAGAUCAUGGGUGAUGGAACAUCCACAUCAUCUCCAACCACCCUGUCAAGUUCCAGAUGCAAUGAGAAAAGAGCUUAUGCACCAGUCUUACGAACCAAGAACACCUCCCCUCAAAAGAAUACAGAAAAUUCACCUAUGUAUUCCCGCAGUCUGCAAAAGACUGGUAAAUAUCACAUCUCACCAGUUAAAGGUUCUCAAGUUGUUGGUAAAGAGAACAGGGGAUUUCAACAAGGCACAGUGAAGGGCACAGUGAGUAGACUCAAGCAGGAAAAACUAGGUAGUUCCACAGGCAAGAAACCUCCCAGGAGAUCACUUGACAGAAUCCCAACUAAUUUGGUCGCAGCUAAUGUGGCACAUUUCGACAGUCCAAACAAGUAGCCCCCCCCCCCC